AUGUCUUCAGCUAUGGAAGCUGGAGAAGGUAACAAAGAGGUGAACAGCGAUUUAUUCAAAUCAAUCAAUCAUUUAUCAUAUGAAAGUUUCAUCAAGUUGAAAGUUAAAGACAAUUAUCCUGAUAUUUCUGAUCGUCAAUUCUCAAAGGCUUUCAACAAGAUAAUUGUAAAACCUGGUUUCACAACAAUGGACGAAAGUUUUGAACGUUUUAUUUACAAUUGUUUAUUGUGUGAUCAAUUAGCACAUCGCCCAAUGGUUUGUAGCGAUUGUCAACAUUGUUAUUGUCGUACCUGUUCAAGUUUCCUUCAUGUAUUAUUUCAAGCUCAUUCAAAUAUUCAGCUAACAACAGAUAUAAAUGUAAAAGGUUUCAAAUUAUCAAAUCUUCAAUUCUUCUGCCUGAUCAAUUCAUGUGGUAAUAAUGGUGUAUCCAAAUUGAAACCUCUUUCUAAUGAAAAAAGAAACGAUUUACUUAAAAUAAAAGUGAAUUGUAUUCGAUUCAACUGUGAUCUAAAUGGAGAUUACACUAUGAUGGAUACUCAUCUAAAUAUCUGUAGCAAAGGAAAUAAUUAUCGUUUCGAUGUUCGUGGUAUCGCUGAAACAUUUUUAAGAACAGAAAGUAAUCCAGUCGAAUUAGAUCAAGAGUCAUUAUUAUUCUGUGAAGCUCUUGGAUCAACAGUUUAUAACUGUAGCGAAUUGGAAGCUAUUUGGAAAGAAAAAGCGAAUAACAAUUUUACUUCAACUGGCGAAGAUGAAACAAUUUCACCUCAUCAAUCUGAUUCCUCUUCUUCAAAUUCAUCAAAAAGAUCAUCAGAUUCAGAGUCAACACAAGUUAAAAAGAAAUUAACUCCAUCGGAGUAUUUACAAAAAAGGAAAAAGCAACAAAUUGUAAAUAAAAUUAUCUCAUCUCAAGAUUCAGAAGGAACUGAAUCAUCAUCAUCAACAAUUAAAAUACCAGAAAUUAAACCAAGUUCAUGGGAACUUUUAUCUAAUCGAAUUGCUAAUUUACGCAAUCCUAUUCAACCAGAAAAUGAACCAGAAAACGAACCAGAUAUUGAAAAAUUAAUCAAUGAAGAUAUCGAAAGAGAAUUGAAUAUCGAUUUAAGCGAUUUUAAUGAAUCAACUUCUCAAAUUGGUAAAACUGCCGCAAGACGUAGACGUCGACAAAAUGCUGCUGCUCGAAAACGAGGAGAUUUUUCAACAGUUAUUCUUCCCCCAAAAUUUAUAUUCAACAGACCAGAAAAUGAUAAAGGUCUAGAUUGGAACGAAACCAAUCAAAAUGUAACAAACACCGAAUCAAAAAUUGAUUCAUCAUUAACAACAACAACAAUUGAAGUUCUUCCCCCUUGUUCAUCAUCAAAAGACACUGAACCUCAACCAUCCACGUCCAAAGAACCACAACCAUCAACAUCAUCAGCUGAUGCAAACGUCAAAGUCGUUUCGGACUUUGUGUUUAGUGAUCCGGUUAAAUAUAAACCAAAUUCAAUUAAACCGAUUCGUUAUACUGAUGAUGAAAUUAAACUUAUGAGAGAAAGUUCAACAAAGGAUCGUGUUAAAUAUCGUCGAAGAAAAGCUUCGCUCGUCAACAAAAAAUUGAAAGAUAAACGUAAAAAGGUUUAUCUAGAAAAAUUAAGGAAAAAAUCUGAACCCUCGAAAUUAAACAUGAUACCACCUUCAAAUUAUAUUGAGUUAAUUACUCAAAAUGUGCAACAAUUAAAGAAAAUGAAUCUCAAUGUUUGUGCAAUUGACAUUGAAAAGCAAACAAUCACCAUGAAAGAUGGUUCAAUGAGAAAUGUUCCAGUUUGGAUCUCAAUUGUUGAUCAAUAUAACAAUUUAAUUUACAAUUCAUUUGUCAAGAAUCCAAUUUCUGCCUCUCACCGUUUUAAUGCUGAAUUUCAUGGAUUAUCUUGGAAUGAAACUCAAUGGGCACCAACAUUUUAUAAAGUUCGAAUGGAAGUUUUGGAAAUUUUAAGAAAAUAUGAUCGAAUUUUAUUAUCAGGUCACAUAGCUGAUUUUAGUGAUUUAUAUCUAAGCCCUUUGGAUCAUUAUCGUUUGCUGCCUCGAAUUAUUGAUUUGUCACAAUAUUAUAAUUGUCGUACAAAGAAAAGCGCUACACUUGGACUCAAAUACAGUUAUCUUUACAGUUGCAGUUUAAAAAAGAUACCUGAUGAUUCAUUUAUAUCAUUAACUAAUCUGGUUGAACUGGAUUUAAGUAACAAUUAUCUGGAUCAUAUUCCCGUUGGAGCCUUACGAGAGACCCGAUCAUUGCGACGUCUUUAUCUUAAUUUGAAUGCGAUCAAAAAAAUUGAUUCCUCAGCGUUUGUCCAUUUAAAUUCAUUACAACUCCUUGAUUUAUCUAAUUGUGCCAUCACCUCCAUCCAAGCAAAUUCAUUUGAAGGCCUUGAGAAACUUAAUUACCUACUUCUCAAUGGAAACAAAUUAAAAGACUUACCUGGUUCCAUUUUGGAUUCUUUGGUUUCACUGAAACAAAUUAAUCUCCAUGAGAAUCAUUGGUUCUGUGAUUGCCGGAUUAUUGACCUUAGAUCGGGUUUGAUUGACCGAUCAAUUUCAAUUACUGUGCCUCCAAUAUGUGACAAACCGAUCCGAUUGAAAGGUUCAUCUUGGCAAAAUUUGGGUCCAGAUGAAUUUGCCUGUAGUCCAAAAAUUACCUCAUUAACUAGUGCCAAAUUUAUUAAAGGAUCAAAUGGAACCAUAACCUGUCGUAUUCAUUCAACACCGAUGUCCAAUGUCUCUUGGUAUUUUGAAUCGAAUCAAAUUUCUAGGCAGAUAAUUAAAAAUAGUACCUAUAUGUCAUUUGGAAAACAGUAUGUUACCAUUAGAGAUACUCUGAUGGACAAUGGACAAACAUCUAAAUUGACGAUUACUGAGACCAUGGAGAAAGAUUCUGGAACGUAUAUUUGUUACGCAUCAAAUAAAGCAGGAAAUGCAUCAAAUUCAAUAGUAAUUGGCGUUAUCCAACCUGAACACUCUGGUGAAGAAGAAUUGAGAUCAUCCGAUAAAGAUGAACAAAUUGGAAUAAUUUUAGCCACAAUAUUGGUCUUCCUUUUAGUUAUCCUUUCAGUUUGUUUCAUAUUUCUACGAAAUAAAACUUCACUAUUCAGUAGCAUCUUUAAAACCUCCAACACUGAAAAUCUUGCUGGUGAAAAGAUUGAAUCAAAUUCCACCCUGGAUCCAUCUUACCAUAAUUGUAAACCAACACUAACCAAUCAUAUUAUAAACAAAUCGAUUGAUAAUGAACAAGACAGAAAGAGGCCAUUUAAUCAACUCACCUCUAAAUCGUCAUCAACAACGUCAACAAUUGGUGCCAAAGAUACAAUAGUGAUAACUCAAUCUAAUGGAUCACUUUUAACAUCGGAUACUUUGGUUAAAGUUUUCCCACCCGAUCAACAUUCAACAACAAUUAACGAUAACAAUCUAAGUCCAAAUAUUAGUAAUAAAUCACCUGAUGGAAGUGGUUUUGAAAAGUGCCUUGAAUCUUAUCUAAUGAUGUCUGAGGAUGAAAAUAGUAUGCUACUCCCGAACCGAACCAAUAACUCAACAAUAGAAAAUCAAGUUGACUAUAAUUCAAUAAUCCAACAACAACAAGAAUCAACCGAUCAACAAUUAACAUCACUUCUCUCACAAGAACAGUUAAAUCAUCAUCUCCACCACCCACAACAACAACAACAACAAGCAAUCAAUUGGGGCCAAGAUGUUUACGAUCAAUCAAAUAUAUAUUCAAAUCGAUCCUUAAAUCGACGUUAUUCCGAUUCAAGUGCUUCUCUCAUGGUUAAACAGCUCAAUAACAAUUUAAUUCCAGUAAUUAACAGCAGUCGAGUAACAGUGCAUGACGAUAAUUCAAUUGAAUUAUUAACAAGAAGUAAUAACAAUAAUCAUCCAACAACAACAGCAACAAUUGAUAGAUUCAGGCCUAGACGGUUAUCAGAAGGAAUCAUUACCAAUCGAGUUAAUGGUUUAUGGAAUCGUAAUCAUCAUUUAAUUUCAGCAACAAUCAAUAUCCAUCCAAAUGAAGAUUAUUCUAAUUGGAGUAUUGGUCAACAUAAUCAACAACAACAACAACAUGUUGUUAUUAACAAUAAUGAUCCCGAUUAUCUUGGUAAAGUUAAUCUAAUUGGAUCAGAAAAAGAUAGUCUAUUAAGACGAAAUGGUUUCGCUAAUUAUGAUUAUUCAACACUUCAAUCUCACCGUCGAUGCUCAAAAUCAGGUUUAUCGUCCCUUCAUAAUAAUAAUGUGGUUAACAAUAAUUCAUCAGCAUAUUUGAGAGCUUUAUCAUUGGAAGAUUCAAGUUUAUCUCCAACAUUUCCAGUUAUCCAUGAAUCUGCUAAAGAAUAUGAAAGUGAAUUAAAAAAUUAAACUGUUCCAAAUUAAUCCAGUAAAUCUAAUUCGAGGAAUCAACCGUUUUAAUCGCUGAAUCUUUCCAUUUAAAUUUCGGAAUAAUAUUCCUUGGCCUAAUAUUUUCAUUCUCUGUUAUGAUAACAGAAUAAUAAUUAUCUAAUUAUAUUA